AUGGUAGGACGAGCAAAAUCUAAUACAAAAAAAAGGCAGAUUCUACGAGAAGAACAUGAUAUGAUCAUGGCCCGAGCAGUGGCCAUUUACCAGGCUGAGCUUGAAAAGGAACCUACAGAGAAAAAAGGAAGACGAAUGGUUUGCCGGGAAGUCAAGAAGGCAUAUCUCACGGAGACAGGAAGAAUCAUCAAACUCAGUGAUAGGACACUUGCAAAUCUGGCAAAAGGUGGUAGGAGGCUCAGUGACUUCAAUGCAGAGAAAGGUUGGCUCACCCCAGAGGAGACAGAGAAAGUAAUAGAGUAUUCCAUCGAGAUAGCACAUCAAGGAUUCCUGCUCAGCCACAAACGACUCAAGGAACACGUUGAUGAAAUUCUGCAUGCUUGA